GGGCCAGGUCAGCAGCAAUGUCCACCCCGUCUCGAUCUCCCAGGGCUUCGGGUGUGAGAAAAGCACAGAACAAGACGUCAUUAGCAUGCCUAACAUGUCGGAAGAAGAAGGUCAAAUGCUCCGGGACCGUACCUUGUGAAUACUGCCACAAGCGAGGACUACAGUGCAGUGUUCCUCUUCGCCAAGAAAGAAAAGUCUAUUCAGUAACUCACGUUGAAGAUCUCGAGAAUCGCCUCGCUCAGUAUGAAGGAAGGGUUCAAGACAUGGGAGAAUGGGUCCCCGAUGCUGUUGAUGAUCCUUCCCGAAGUCCUUUCUCUACUGGUCACGACGCUCAACAGCCGCAAGACACGCCGGCCAUUGCGCCUUCACCGAUUCCGAGAUCUACGACCAGACCAGAGACCUCGAUACCAUUGACCGGCCGGUCAAUAGAAACCGACUCGUCGUUGAGCUCGAGCGCUACCUUUGGCUUUAGGGUUCAGAACCUGCUCAGUAAUGCUCGACAUAGGCGCGACAUCCCCCACCCUACACCUACCGCCCAUGUCUUUAACAAUAACAACUUGUCUCCAAGACAGGCCUACACCACGCAUCACGGCUCUCUGCCCCUUCUGCCUAGCGAAUCAGAAGCCUACCAUCUCCUCGAGGUUGUCAUCCUGUACAUUGGUCAGAGUCAAAGUCACUUUGACGCGCGAGAGGUUUCCGACAACAUCGAGCUCUACUAUACGGAUCCGGAAGGCCAGCUCCCGUCGACGCCAUGGUUUUUGCGGAUGAGCAUGAUAUUCGCAGUGGGAAAGCUGCUUUCUGGCGAAAACACAGAGAGCAAUGGCGAUACAGAUUUGGGAAGUAGUUUGUUCGAGUUCGUGCAUGCUCGACUGCCAACACCUAGCGAGCAACAUGCUCAAGGGAGGGUUGCAAUUGAGACAUUGACGCUGCUCGGGGUUUACCUCCAAGCCAUGAACCGAAAGGAAGAAGCAUACAUAUAUACCAGCAUAGCCUUGCGGCUCGCAGUCACACACGGUUACCAUCGUCCUCUGGAGGGGACACAAAUACUUCGGUCCGAGAAAGCCCACAUCGGUAGGCUAUGGUGGACAAUUUAUAUGCAAGAAAGACGGUUGGCGGCAGCGACAGGCCACCCAUAUGGUAUUGACGACGCUUUCAUCGUGCUAGAGUAUCCCGUUGACCAGCCGGGGUUCAGCUCCACUCAACCAAUACGCACAAAUGCUCGAAUAGCGAGAGUUACAAGCCGCAUCCUUAUAGACCUCUAUAACCCCAAGCGUCAGAACCAAGACUCUUUCGUGCUUGACGUCAAAGAGAUCAUCAGAUGUCUGCAUGAUAUUUCGAGCGAGAUACCAGAGAAUCUAGCAACGGUAGCUCACGGACCAAAUGCGAAUGUUUCUGUGAGAACAACUGCCUCUCUUCAACUCAUGCUAUAUCAGGCCACUUUACUCACAAUACGUCCGGUAAUGCUACACGUAGCACAUUUAAUACUUGCGAGAGCGAGUUCUGGCUUGGAGCAACUGGGGAACUCUUCUCUGGCACAGCUUUGCCGAGCAUGCACUGAAGCAGCUAGGCGUAUAGUGCGUACUAUCAUAACAUUACGAAGAAUGAAUCUCCUAGCUAUUUUUGGGUUCUUUGACUGCGAUGCCAUCUUUUCCGCCACGUUUGUCUUGAUUCUCACAGCUGUGUUUGACUCUGCUUGUGAAGGCAAAGAUAAAAUCAACCCAUCGCCUGGACUUGGCGAGGCCAUGGAGAGUCUGCAAUACCUGGCCGACAACCACAACACUACCGCCAUUGAACGACUCCAAGAGAUCCAUGAUAUUUUGCAUCAUUUGCCUGAACAUUUACGAACAAACGAGGGUACAGCUGUCCCCUCGCGCGAUCGCUCGCAACCUGCGUAUGACAGUAUACGCCAGGUCGCUGAUAAUAGUCGUCAGAGCCCCAUUGUUCAUGAUCGAACAGAGCCUAUUAACGACAACGGCGCAACAUAUGGUGCAACACAACCAGUGGUCGAUCUAGGUCUGUCGAGGCCUGUUCCUGACCUGAACAGCGUUGAACAAGAUGGUUUGGGCUUGCGUUUGGACUCCGAACAACAUCCGUCAAACUUGAAUGAGAUGUCACAAGUCUGGAUACCUUCAGCAGUUAAUACAGGGACUGUGCCAAGCGACAACCUAAUCCCUAUGGACAUACCAUUGGAUGAGUAUUAUAGCUACUUUCAGUCGCUGUUGGAUAACUCUGAUUGGUAUCUCACAGGGCAAGACGUGGAAGAUUUGGCAGAAUUUGGAAGACAUGUUGUUAACUUUAGUAGAUCUGAAUAAUCGAUGUGGCCGGUCUACUAUCGGAGAUACUGUUAUCGCUGGAGUUGUAACAUAUAAGACCAAGCGACGACGUCCAUUUGGAUUGAAGUUGAAUUGGACGACGGAUUGUACCAGGAAGGCAUCUUCUGGCCUUUUUAGCCAUGACCUAAGGUCGGUGCCUGAGGCAGAAGGCAUACUCUUGCCCUUGCUUCUUCUCUUAGCCCUGGGCAAGUGUCGUUCUAGGUAUCCCAAAGUCUUAGUAAGGUUGUCUAUGUGCUCCUUAUGACAGAGGGUAAUAUGAUAAGACUAAGUCUUGAAUAAAUGUAUAAAAAGAUUGAUAUUAAAAUAUUUAAUGUUUUGCUUACUACUUGCCUAUAUCAGCAUGUGUAAAGAACCCCGAACAAGGGCAGCUAUCUCUAGUUUAGACGGAACAAAGAUAUCGAUGGAC